UAGGCAAAAAUUAAUAAUGUUAAAGUAAUAGCAAUGUGUUGUGCAUUAAGAGUCUGGUAUUGGUCAUGAACUAUGAUAGAACUAUGAAUUAUUUUCCAAAUCAUCUUGUGUACGUAGGCAUGCAUAUUUGAUGUGUCAAUCUCUGAAUUGAAGGAGAAAUUAGAAGAAAUGGUUAAAUGUUGUAUCUAAGUUUAGUAAUAGAUGAAUGGCAAAAUUUAAAAAAGGUGGAGUCAAUGUUACUAUGAUAAGAGUUAAUUAAGAGAUCAUAAGAUUGACAAAUAUUUCGGAUCACCAGAGGAGCAUUUUCCCGAAUUACACAUAUUUGUAUCCCUGAAAAUUAAUCAUUGAUUAAAAAGAAUUACAUACGUAUAGUGUGUAUGCCUCCUGUUGGGGUGAUGAAAUAAGGAGCAUUGGGUGUUGGAGCUGUUUGAAGUUCCAAGAAGUAAUUCGGAGAAAUAUAAUCCAAUAAUAAUAACAAUGGGGUUCUUUGGAAAAGGUGGUCCGGCGCAGGCGGCGGCAGCAGAAGGAGGAGAUAACAAAGACAACGAGGAGGAGAAGAGUGACGGUGAGCCUCUGAGCAGGCAGAUGAGUGAGUCUUCAACUGUGUAUGCAACUGAUCAGGAGGAAGAUGAUGAGUUUGCAUCCAAGUUGCAGCUGGGUCCUCAAACCACUCUCAAGGAGCAACUUGAGAAAGAUAAGGACGACGAGAGUCUAAGGAGAUGGAAGGAGCAACUUCUUGGGAAUGUGGAUGUGAACAAUGUGACAGAGGUUCUGGAACCAGAAGUGAAAAUAAUAAGCCUUUCAAUAGUGUCACCUGGAAGAGAGGACAUAGUGCUUCCAAUACCUGAGAAUGGGAAUCCAAAGGGUCUAUGGUUCACUCUCAAGGAAGGAAGCCCAUACCGCUUGAAAUUCACUUUUGUAGUCAGCAAUAAUAUUGUGUCUGGAUUCAAGUACACCAAUACUGUUUGGAAGACUGGUGUAAAGGUGGACAGCGCAAAAGAGAUGCUUGGAACAUUCAGCCCUCAGGCAGAGCCUUACACACAUGAGAUGCCAGAAGAAACCACACCCUCUGGCUUGUUUGCUAGAGGACAAUACUCUGCUAAAUCAAGGUUUGUUGAUGAUGACAACAAAUGCUACCUGGAGAUCAACUACACUUUUGAUAUUAAGAAGGAUUGGGCUUAAUCAACAUAAUAUAAUAUAAUAUAUUAUAUACAUAUACAUGGAUCGGAUAUCUUCCAAGGAUCCCUACUAUUAAAUUUUAUUUCAUUUAUUCUUUUUCAUUAUUAUUGAUCAUAGAACUCACACAUUUUAGGUACUAAAUUCGGCCUUGUACCACUUUCCGAAUCAGAAGUGCCAUGUUUGUUUCUUUGUCUGUUGGUUAGCUUUCUACUCUCUUCACCAUUUGUGGGUUUGGGAUGGAAGAUACAUUCUCUUCUGUACUCCAUUCAGAGUCUUCUCUUGUAUUUUCCUUAUCAAGAAACUAAAGACCAACAAAUUUUGUGUUAA